UUGUUUUUGUUUUUGUUUUUUUUUAGAACAAAUGACGGCAUGUAAACACAAAUAGUUUUGACAUUUGGACUCACAGGUGCUGUGACAAUAUGGAAACAAUGAGUGUGUGUGUAUGUGCAUCUGUGGUUGUUAAGGCAAAUUAUGGUUCAAACUCAUCAUUGUGAGGAAAAUUUGAGGAAGUAUGAAUGGUUAAAAGCUGAGGGAUGCAUUGUGUCUUUGAAUGUCCUAACAACGUAAUGAAGGCAGAAUGAAAGUUGGUGUGUGUGUGUGUGUGUGUGUGUGUCAGAGUGAUCUCACUGUGUUUCCUGUUCCUGGCACCAUUUCUCUGAAGAGUUCUCUGAAGAGGUGACAUUUGUGACACACAUGCAAACACUUUACUUGACUAAUCUUCAAAGGAAAUUCACUGGAGUAUUAAACAUCAGAAUGCCUCACUCUGCUGUUGGAUUCACUCACAUCCUCCUCUGGUGAAAUCUGUGUGGUGUCAGUGUUCUAAGGUUGAUUUGCCUCUAAGUUUGGUUUUUCUGACAUGGACUUUGUCAUGGGUUUCCCACUGAUACUUCUCUUACUUUCCAGUGGACACACAUACCCUAAAUCAACAGAACAACCUAGUAAUAAAUGUUAUAUAAAGUGUCCAGCCGGAUAUCAUAAAGUUGGUGACUGCGACAAUCAAGCUGCAAAGAUGUACAGAUGUAGAAAAUGUGGCAAGAACUCAUACACAGCGUUAGAAAACUCUCAUGGUAUUUGCUUGUUAUGUCAACCAUGUGGACAUUUGGAAGUGGAAAUACAGGCUUGCAACUUUACAAGUAACAGAGUAUGUGACUGUCGAGAAGGAUAUUACAAUGAAGGCACCAAAGGCUUUAGAAAUUGCCUGUCAUGUACGUUUAGCGAUGAGUCUAAACAAAAUUCUGACUACGAAAAGAAGUGCCAGCACAACAAAAGGAAGGACACUCCGGCUCCACCUCCAACUCCAUCUACAACUUCAUUACCUACAUCUGUGACUGUGACAGCUACAAAAACCACACUUUCAAAUAAAGCAGAAAAUCCUGUUCGGAGCCCGGUUUACAUAAACUCUAUGUUCUGGAUAAUUCUCUGGGUAGUUGUGGUGAUAUUUGUUGUGGCUUUUUUGCUACUGCUGCUCAUCACCCCGCUCAUCAACCAAAACUGGAUACCCUGCUGGAGAACCAAAAAAGGUGUGGAAGAACAAGUCAAGAGUCUCAACGAACAUCACAGUCUCCAAGGUAGCAGACCAACCACACAGACAUUUCACAUUUCUGAGGAAACUCCCAUAAUGGCUCAAAGUCACACUCUGCCCAUGCAUCUGAGGCCAAGCACUGAACGUGAAGCUAAGAAACAAGACGAGCAGUCAGAGCAUUUGCCAGCCAUUGUCCUGUAUGCGAUCAUCAAGGAGGUGCCCUUGCGCAGGUGGAAGGAGUUCUUGCGUCUGCUAUCGGUGGCCGACCAGCAGCUGGAGCGGGUGGAGCUGGAGACGGGUUUCGGCCUGAGCUCCAUGGAGAAACAGUACCAGAUGCUGAGGCUGUGGAGCCAGCAAUCCACUGCGAGCCUGAGAGACGUCUUCUCGGCCUUGCACCACAUGGAGUUAUCCGGCUGUGCGCAGCUACUGCAGGAAAACCUGCAGAAGCUGGAGUGAAGGUCUGAAUCAAAGUGAGGCUUCCCAGCCUGCAGAGGAAACGCAUGUAUGAUUUUAGUGGUGCAAUAGGACACAUGAGGCUGGACACAGAGACACCAAUAUGAUGCCGCUGUACCAUUCAUUGCACAAGUGCAUACAACUAAAAAGCUGACUUUUCUGUUCAGUUACAUUUACAAACUACUACAUGGUACGGCCAAAGAAAAUUGCAAUUGUGUUUGCAUUUUUCAUUGUUCAAAACGGGUCUCUCUUGUGUAUAAGAUACUGGAGCUCAAUGAGUUUUUCCUACUUCUUUUAUUGGUUGAAUGUCAUGAAACCUACCCACGUUUUCAUUUACCGAUUUAUUUUUUCUCCACAAUCCACAAACGGCAUGUUCAUACAGAAAAGAAUGCAUUUGUUUCAGUUAAUUACAACAGAAACCUUUGUCUUUUUAAGAAAGGUUGUUCAAAGAUACAGUGGGAGGGAAAAUUAAGUUUCAAGAGGACCAAUGGGAAAAUCCCCUCCCAUUAAGAAUACUGUCAAAACCUUUGAUAGUGUUGAAUAUAUCUAUCUCAUCCUGUGUGGCUUCUCAUAAAAGUCAACAGUGGUGCACUGGUUUUAGAGUGCACUGGUAAAAUGUCAAUGUCUAUAACUUUGACCGUGUAUGUGCAUGUGUGCUGUGGUGAGUAUAUGCCUCAGACCAUUUUACCUCCAGGAAUCUGGCCAUGUAAGCAGUCAGAGUAAUGAUUUGUUCUGAGUGAAUACUUUAAUGUAUAGAAGUACUGUACAUGCUUAAACAGCACCACUGCAGAUCUGUUCACAUGUCAAAUCUCCUCUAUCUCAUCAGACAUUAAGUGUUCGUAAUAACAGCUCAGCCACAGAUUCCUGUUGCUCACCCUCACAGGGGAAGAAAAGACUGAAAUCCCCACACAGCACCAGAUUAUCAGUUUACUGCACAUCUAUGUGGUGACAUGGUGCAGUGGGCUGGGUUUUUCCUCACCACACACAUUCCAUCCAAAUGAUGGUUUUCUCUAGUGGUGGUGUCGUAUCUCGCUUUUCGCGAGUUUUUGUUUGUCAGCUGAGUUGCUGACGGUUAAGAAGUUGGACUUUCCAAUAUUGAUGGAUAUUUUAAUAUGACUCAUGGCCUUUGUUUUGGGCCACUGUGUGUGUAUAUACUGUUGUUUAUGGGUUAGGGUUAUACA